CACAGAUUGGAGUAUUUUAUUCAGGCAACUGUAACAUCACAGCUUCCAGUCCUGAGGGUCACCUGCCUUUUUUUCCCUUCCAGCAUGUCCAAAAUCCUGAAGUGUGCAGGGAAUGAGGACAUCAUAACCCUGCGGGCAGAGGACAACGCAGACACCUUGGCUCUGGUGUUCGAGGCACCAAAUCAGGAGAAGGUCUCUGAUUACGAGAUGAAGCUGAUGGACCUGGAUGUGGAGCAGCUCGGGAUUCCAGUAAGUCGGGGCCCAAAUGGCCGAUUCCUGAAUGUGUUGACAAUAAGUGUCAGGUUGGAGGGUGAGUGAACGUGGCUCUGCCAGGGCAGCCAGUUCUCGGCCAACGGAGAGCUGGGCAACGGCAACAUCAAACUGUCCCAGACCAGCAACGUGGACAAGGAGGAGGAGGCUGUUACAAUAGAGAUGAACGAGCCAGUCCAGCUGACCUUUGCCCUGAGGUACCUGAACUUCUUCACCAAAGCCACUCCCCUGUCCCCUACAGUCACACUCAGCAUGUCUGCAGACGUUCCUCUGGUGGUGGAGUACAAGAUCGCUGACAUGGGACACCUAAAGUACUACCUGGCUCCAAAGAUCGAGGACCAGCAGGAAGGCUCUUAACUGGGGCAGGACUGAGGGGGAUCUGCUCGUGGCUUGGGGAAGGGAAUGGUGGUGAUAGCAAUUCCAGUGCCUUGGAGCAUCCUGGGAGCACUGUUAGGCUUGGCUUGUAGAUAUCUUUGUAAAUAUUUUUCAACUUACUCUUUUGCUAUCCUUGGCAUCUUUGGAAAUAGGAAUCGUUUGGGUUUUUCUAGUCUGUUCCUGUACUCCCAAUAAUCUCUCGGAUGCUGUCUGAAGGUGAAAUUUCUGACUCCUCUCAACUUGUGUAGGAGAAGGGGGACAAUAUUUAAUGAGUCAACUCCUGGAGUUUCACCUGUGGAGCUGUAGUUUAGGGUUGAUGUUUUUAUUAUGCCACAAGUUUGUGUGACUUUGACUUCAUUUAUUUUUGAAGCUGAUAUUCAAACUGAUACUUGGAAAUAAAAGAUAUAAUUUCAUGGG